AUGAGUAGUGAUACUUCAGCAUCCUCUGUGGAGACAAAACCACGUCAAAUGACAGUUGAUGAAUACUCACAAUUAAUUGCCAAAUGGCAAGAAGCAUACUAUGCAUGGAAUACCAGCUGUGUAACAUAUCACAAUAUGAUGAUGUUCAAUGCAUUUGCUCAACAAGCACCAAUGAUUACCAUGACUGUCAAUACAGGCCGUUUUCAACCUUUUGAUCCUUUAACGGAAAUUCGCAAUGCACGUUUGAAAGUGGCAUCAGUUUGGCGUCGUUUUCUAGCUGAAGCAAUUGAUUUUAUUCUUUUACAUGCAUUAAAAAUUUUUCUCAUCUAUCUUCUUUCCACUCAUUUACAUCUGAUCGACGAAACCCGGCUUACAGUGAACUAUAUGCUGUCUAGUCUACUGUACGAAGAUGCACUCUCAUUUCCACUCGAACUUAUUCUUGUUGAGUUCGGAUAUUUAAUUGCAUGCAUUGCUUUCGAGAGUUUUUGUCUUACACGUUAUGGUGCUACACCAGGCAAACGUUUACUUCGACUGCGUGUUCUCAAAUGUGAUCAUUUACAAAUACAAGAAAACGGAGAUGUAACAAUCGAACCUGGCACUAUCCUGAACAGUGGAGCAGCAUUAACACGUUCGUCAUUCAAAACGCUCAUGUCAACGUUUUUAUUUCCGGCAGUGGUCGUUGCUCUUUUAACAUCACAAAAUCGACAGACAAGUUAUGACAUGGCUGCCAAUGCAGUUGUUGUCGAACUUGAACAACGAGAUCAAUAA